AAAUAGCUGGAGUUGUUUUUCUCACAAGGGAAAAAAAAGAGCUAAAUGGCGUUCUUUUCAAGCAAUCCGGAUCGUGUUCGUUCACAAUUUUUCCCCUUUCCGCCUAGAUAAAUCUCCGGCCGUGCACCGUCUACAGCUUUUUUCCUCCCCUCUUCCUACGCGGGCCGGAGAGAGGCACGCCGGAGAAUAAGCUCCUGGUGGGCAGCCAUGGCGGUGGAGACGAGGAUCCGCGCCGGAGCUCCCACUCGGUUUAACAAGUUCGACGGGGAGUGCGGCGGCGUUUCAUCCGUGCACCUCCGCUGCACGGUGACCUUCGAGCACGCUUCCCGCCGGCUGCGCGGCGGCGGCGCCGCCGUCCCCGACCGCGUGAAACCCGAGCUGCAGCAGCUGCCGUGGACAUCCGACGAGGUGCGGCCCUUGCGCGACCCCUCCAUCCUCCUCCGCCCCGACGACACCCUCCGCGCCGUGCGCGACAUGCUCGCCGCCAUGCCGCGGCUGCGCGGCGUCGACCUCUCCCCCGCCAACUGGGACGGCGAGCACACGCCGCGCGUCGUCGCGGCGUGGCUGCAGGAGCAGGGGUCCCGGUGGCUCGGCGGCGCGCGGCGGCCCUGCCGGUUCGAGGUGGAGGCACGGCUGCAGGUGAAGCAGGUGUUCCACGAGCCCAGGGCGGUGCUGCAGCGGUGCCUGGAGGUGGCGAUGCAGACGGUCGCGCCGGGGUCCGACGAGGAGUGCGGGAUCUGCCUCGACGAGUUCAGGAACGGCGGCAAGUCGGGCCCCGUCAACCUGCCCUGCUCCCACGCCUUCCACCGCCACUGCAUGCUCACCUGGCUCGACCGGGGCACCAAUUGCCCCUCCUGCCGCUACGACCUCACCGGCAUGGUCGCCGCGCCCUGGACGUCACGGACGUCCAUUGACACCACGGCCAGAACCAGACGGCGGUGGCGCGGGUGAGGACGACACUGUUGGACGGCGGCGUGGGUGUAGUAGGAAGGCUGCCGUUGCACGGGUGAGGGAAAAGUGGAGACCAUCGCCCGCCUACAGAUAGUGGAGAAUCUGUUGCGGUUUGGAUCUUUCGCCCUUCCUCAAGUUACCUAGCAAUCGGCAUUGUCAAACACGAUCGUCUGUUUUUUCUUUUUCCGAUGAAAAGUGCAUAGCUCCACAAUUU